GUUCUUGGGAAAUGCAGGUUUUUGGGGGAGAAUCAUGAGAAUUUCUAAAUAUUUCUGUUCCAAAAUGAUUGGUUAGUGUUUUCCUUCUGACAUUCUGAAAGGUGUCCAUUCAGGCACACAUUAGUUUAAUUUUAAGUAUUAAUCCAUAUGGUUUGGGGUAAGAAAGGUUGAUUCUGGAGACAGAGUUGGGUAAAGGUGAAAUGAAUGACAAUUCAUGAGACACUUAAAUCAAGUUGGUCUUGAAAAGUUCUGUGUUAAUCAGAAGGAUCUUUUUUUAGUGAAGAUCACAGCAAUUUCUGGGAUUUCAGACAUUAAAACCAUUUAAAAUUGUUAGGAUUUGCUUACUGCGACGGAUCGUUAAUGUUCACGCCACUUAAUGUGUUCAUUCAGUGGGAAAUCAUUUCACUUGUUUGAUGAGUUUUUGAAAGUAUCAGAAGUAUUUUGCAGGAAAAUAGAUUUAUCCUGGAUUGAGGUUUUUAUGUGUUCAUUGUUUCUGCCAUGACUGCCGUCACCAGUAGGGGGCAUCGGAUGUCGUCUUUGAAUCAGUAAAACCAAAGAGUAAUUUUGAGUUUGCUUCCUGUGAAUGUACAAUGCUGACAUUCUUCCUGGGGUCUGGACGGUGUUCGGUGUCUUAUGUCGUGCCAUCAGAUUACAGAAGAGUUGAGGAAGAUGGCGCGUUUCAACAAUGUUGUUCAAGCAAAUACUUGAAGAAUAGAGAACCAGUUCUGAAUUCACCUCCAAAGUCAGUCCCAGGUCUCCUCACCUCGAUCUCCUCUACACCCCCCCCCCCCCUCCCCCCCUCCAGGAGUCGGCCGCUCACACUCCUUCUACUAAACGCCGCCAAAAGAAAACAAAACAAUGUGAAGGCAAGCUUCAUCUGAGCACUGUGUCCGCAGGUCGCCAUGGUUUCCAGGUUUCAGUUUGUGUGUGAAUGAAAUGAUUAAGGAUUCUGUAUCCAUAACCUCUUAAACAAGUGGUUGACUUGCACUAAUUUAAAAAA